CUAGUAGUUUGACCAACAACGUUGGAACACCACCGUAAUUACGGUUACGGUUAAAUCGAUACAGAGAGAAACAUAACACAAGUUAAAAGGACACCCAUUCGUAUAAGAUUGACGUUACCCAUUUAGGAGACCAAGAUGACUAUGCCACAGUUGGAUGCAGCCCAGCAGGCUAAACUGCAACUUAUGCAGGACAUGGAGAUAGAGAUGAUGUCGGAUUUGUACAACAGGAUGACUCAGGCAUGCCAUAAGAAGUGCAUCCCACCCAAAUACGCCGAUGCUGAAUUAGGCAAAGGCGAAUCCGUCUGUUUGGACCGGUGCGUUGCGAAAUAUCUGGAGAUACACGAGCGGAUAGGCAAGAAGCUGACAGCGAUGUCCUCCCAGGACGAGGAUCUGAAGAAGAAGAUGGGCGUCUAGCGGGCUUGAAGCAGCGAAAUCAGUCCCGACAAAAAAAAACUGUGUUCUGUAAUUUUCGGUAGAUGGUUGAAGUUUUUUUUUUUUCUCCCUGCAGCAAGCUUUUAUGAAUAGAUUGGAACACAUAACUUACCCUAUGUUAUUGUUAAGAAGUUUAUUGUCGUAACACAAAACCCUAGAUUUUGAAGUUCUCGGGAAGGCACAUGCCGUGCAGAUAUGGCUCAUAAGUUUUAUUAUGUAUGCGCUGCUCAUGGUGACAGCUUUCUCGAGAGCGACAAAUAAAUUGUGUUAAAAUA